CGUCUCCACUUAUAUCAGUACAUUUGUAACAAGCUAAACAUUACGAAACGUAUAUUCGGUAAAAUAAGCCUAAUGUAAUUCGAUACACUAUAAUAGCACUCCAUACAAAAAAAAGGCUUAUCUCACGCGGACAGAUUUUGGGCAGAGUAAAUCCUCUCGCUUCUCCUCUUCCUCUCUGCUGGUGGCCACAAUAAAUUGCUGUAGGUGGACUCAGUGGCCGAGACAGUUGAGGAAUACGGACAUCACAACGCGGUUCGACGUUUAUUUAGUUCUGUAGCAAUACCUGUUUCGUACGCCGAAAUACAUAUUUUUUUCUGUCGAAGACUGCCAUUAUUUACGUGGCUAUAAUAAUGGUGUGAAGGUGGAUAAACGGCCGGGGACCCAGGCUUCUCCAAGAUUUCGGCGUUAAUCAGUAUCUGAACGCCGGUGCCGUGAACAUGGAUAUCGCCGAUGGAGCAGAGGAGCUUUCCUUGGAGGAAAUCUUAUCGUUGUACAGCCAGCCGAUCAAUGAAGAGCAGGGAUGGGCUGUUUGUUACCAAUGUUGCAGAACUUUGGUUCAGAAACACCGGAGGGUUCAUUCCAAGACCUCCAGCGCUUCAGUUGGGGAUUUGCCGAGAAGGAUUGAAGGACCUGGCGAUGUACGGAUUCUGAGAGAUGGAACAGUUCAAUUGCACCACCAAGACAGCACAGAUAAACCCAGACCUCCCAACACUUCCUUAGAGGUGAUUGAAUCUCUGGGAAUCAUGAUCUACAAGGCGUUGGACUACAGUCUGAAGGACAGCGAGGAGAGAGAGCUCAGUCCGCCUCUGGAGCAACUCAUCGACAUGAUGACCAACAUGGCAGAGAAGGAGAGGGACAGUGACCCCUGCCAUGAUGAAGGUUACGAGGCCACCGAGGAGGAGGAAGACCCAAACACUGUCUGUAAUAUUAAAAGAUUCAGAGACGUGCUCACGCUGUGUACGUCCCACCUGCCCAGCCCCUCUGAUGCCCCUAACCACUACCAGGCUGUGUGUCGGGCGCUCUACGCCGAGACCAGAGAGCUAAGCACCUUCCUGGAGAAGAUCAGGAGUGCCAAAGAGAACCUGCGGCGGAUGGCGCGAGUCACUGGAGAGGAACCCAUCAGAGAUGUCAACGAGCUACAGAACGCUGACUGGGCUAAGUUCUGGAUGCAGGUGAUGGGUGACCUGCGUAACGGGGUCAAGCUGAGGAAGGUCCAGGAGAGACAGUACAGCCCUCUACCUGUAGAGUUCCAGCUCACACCUUACGAGAUGCUGAUGGAUGACAUCCGCUUCAAACGAUACAAACUACGGAACGUCAUGUUACUCCAGGUGAAUGGAGACAUCCCUCCCAAGUUAAAGAGCGCUCAUGAGGUCAUCCUGGACUUCAUCCGCUCCCGACCACCUCUCAACCCUGUUACUGGAAGGAAGUUGAAGCCUCACCCUGCGUGGCCGCAGACCCUACAUGAGCGUCUCUUAGAGGGCAUCAAACAGGAGAGGAAGCUACGGCCUGUUUCACCUGACGUGACCCGACGCAACCGCCUGGACUUGUUCACUCCAGAUGCCCCCAGGAAGCACGCCACCAGCACCCUGUCCUGUCCACCAGCUCCCGGGGUGGGAGGGGCUCUGCGUCAGAGGAAGAGGCUCCUGAAGGCGCCCACGCUGUCUGAACUGGAGAGCUCAGAGUCCGAUGAUGAGCCCAGUCACAGCUCCUCCAGUUUGUCAGCAUCCAUGUUGGACGCCUCGUCUCCGGGAUCUGUCCUGGGGAAGAACGCACCCCCUAGGUUCCGGCCCAUCACCAUGACUCCCCAGCCUGACAGUCACCCCUCCCCUCAGAGGAGACACUCCAUUGAGAAGGAGCCCCCCACCAGCAUACGACCCUUCACAGCCCCCACCAGACAGAGCUCCAAUUCUCUGGUAUGUACACUAUUGUGUGCUGCAUGGUAUUAUAGUGGACACUACUUAACUACUGUGUGCUGCAUGGUAUUAUAGUGGACACUA